GCUAAGACACUGGGGCUCCAAGGGGCAACGCCCACCCCUGUAAUUACUUUUUUCGGGCUGCACGCCAACACCACCUCCCACAAGGCGGCACCAAGGAGUCUGACAACCAUAGAGUUUCACACCUCUUUCCUCCCUGGUAAUAGUCAGCUAAGCAAAGGUUGAGAGGGGCGUCCGGGUCGUUGGGGGAGAUAGAGCGGCCCUCCUGCCUUCGGGCUGUCUUCGGCUUCAAGCGCUUGCGCGGAUCGCGGCGGGGUCGGCUUCUGCUUCAGAAAUGGCGGCCUCCAUGAUUUUCAGCCGGCUCUCCGCUGCCCCGGUGCUGAGGAGCCACGGGCCCCAGACAGCGUUGCAGGCGGCCGCCAAGGUGUUGGGAAGUUCUGGACUGUUUAACAACCAAGUCUUCCAGCUGCAGCAUCAACAGCAGAGGAAACUCUCAUUACAUGAAUACCUGAGCAUGGAAUUGUUGCGAGAAGCUGGCAUCGCUAUUCCUAAGGGACAAGUGGCAAAAUCACCAGAUGAAGCUUAUGCAGUUGCCAAAAAAUUAGGUUCUAAUGACAUCGUGAUAAAGGCACAAGUUUUAGCUGGCGGUAGAGGAAAAGGAACAUUUGAGAGUGGCCUCAAAGGUGGAGUGAAGAUAGUUUUUUCUCCAGAAGAAGCAAAAGCCGUUUCUGCACAAAUGAUUGGGAAGAAGCUAUUUACCAAGCAAACAGGAGAAAAGGGCAGAAUAUGCAAUAAUGUGUUAGUCUGUGAGCGCAGAUAUCCCCGGAGAGAAUACUACUUUGCAAUAACAAUGGAAAGGAGUUUCCAAGGUCCUGUGUUGAUUGGAAGCUCUCAAGGUGGUGUCAACAUUGAGGAUGUUGCAGCAGAGAAUCCUGAAGCAAUAUUUAAAGAACCUAUUGAUAUCAUUGAAGGCAUUAAAAAGGAACAAGCCACCAGGCUUGCACGGAAUAUGGGAUUUCCUUCAAGUCUUGUGGAUUCAGCAGCAGAGAACAUGAUCAAGUUGUAUGAACUCUUUUUGAAAUAUGAUGCAACCAUGGUAGAAAUAAAUCCAAUGGUAGAAGAUGCUGAUGGAGGUGUGCUGUGUAUGGAUGCGAAGAUCAAUUUUGAUUCUAACUCAUGUUAUCGUCAAAAGAAAAUCUUUGACCUGCAAGACUGGACUCAGGAAGAUGAAAGAGACAAAGAAGCAGCUAAGGCAGAUCUUAACUAUAUAGGCUUAGAUGGAAACAUUGGGUGUUUAGUAAAUGGUGCUGGUUUGGCUAUGGCCACAAUGGAUAUAAUAAAACUUCAUGGUGGCACUCCAGCCAAUUUUCUUGAUGUUGGAGGUGGUGCUACAGUUGAUCAAGUGACACAAGCAUUUAAACUUAUAACUUCAGAUAAAAAGGUACUGGCUAUUCUAGUUAAUAUUUUUGGAGGAAUCAUGCGGUGUGAUGUUAUUGCACAGGGUAUAGUCAUGGCAGUAAAGGAUUUGGAAAUUAAAAUACCUAUCGUGGUACGGUUACAAGGUACACGAGUUGAUGAUGCUAAAGCAUUGAUAACAGAUAGUGGACUUAAAAUUCUUGCUUGUGAUGACUUGGAUGAAGCUGCUAAAAUGGUGGUAAAGCUCUCUGAAAUAGUCACCUUAGCCAAACAAGCUCAGGUGGAUGUGAAGUUUCAGUUGCCAAUCUGAUCUGGGACUGUUAUGACUUACUGAAAGUGUUCAGUGUUCUAUAUUCUUUGAAAUACUGUGUUCUAUCGUUUUUUUUUCCUUUUGUGUAGUUGGAGGCUUAAAUUGCCUUCUGGGCACACAGACUUUAAAAUAUCUUAUCUACGUUAAUUUUACCAUCCAGAGUGGUCAGUUCAUGUGAAGAAAGUGUAAUGCAGCACUCUGGUUUCUUUUGUUGCAGCCUCCUUCAGCUUCUGCUACAAAAUGCCACUUGCAAUAUGCCUGUUUGUUAUCAUCAGAUAUGAAACUUUUCGGCUGAUAAUAGAUUCCUAUGAAUGCAGUCUGAAGAUAAACUUUUAUUUCUUCUAGUCUUAGGUCUAAAAAGUAGUCUUUAAUGGAAAAAUGUAUUGAAAUAAUGUUUUAUAUUAGAGGCAUUUAUCUUCAAUAUCUGUCAAAAGACCUACCAAUCAUUAUUUAUAAGCAGUGCUUUCAAACACUCCCCAGAGUACUCCCUUACGUAUUUCAGUGAAAUGACUGAUUAUUUGGAAAUUAUAUUUUAAUCACUACAAGAUACUGUAGCACUGAAAAUCUCAUGAUUUUGUGGUGCUAUUAAUAAACGCUAUGUAGUUUUGUAUAUGAACAAAUAAAGCAUACUUAUUGAGGACUUAGCAAACAAAAGAAUGCCAAUUUAAGUUAAUAAAAGUCUCCCAAAGUG